CUCGCCUGACCGUGUCCUACAGCCGGAGCAGCGGCCCUGGGGGGCAGAACGUUAAUAAAGUGAAUUCCAAGGCAGAAGUUCGGUUUCACCUGGCAUCAGCAGACUGGAUCCCAGAAGAUACAAGACAAAAAAUGGCAUCUUUGCACAGGAAUAAGAUAAACCGAGAGGGUGAGCUGAUUGUGAACUCUGAACAGUCUCGCUACCAAAUGAGGAACCUGGCAAUCUGUUUAGAAAAAAUCAGAACCAUGGUCACGGAGGCUACUGUGAAGCCCAAGGUGGUGUCUAAGGAGACCUCACAGAAACUCAUAGAGAGGGUGGAAAAAAUGAACCGUGAACGACUACGACAGAAGAGGAUUCACUCAAAUAUAAAACAGAGCAGGAAGGCAGACUUUGACUGA